AAGCGGAGUGUCUCUGUGUGGAUGUGCCGUGACGAACCGUGUCGUCUCUCCGCUGUUGGUUCGCUCCCGGGGGCGAAGAAGAAACGAGGUGUCCGCGUUGUAAAGACACGUCUUCGUUGAUGAAAUCCUGAAGAGGAAGCUGUUCCCUCAGAAGCACCAUGGAUGAAGAGCAGCAGUUUGUCAGCAUUGAUCUGAACGAUGACAAUAUAUGCAGCGUGUGCAAACUGGAGACCGAGACAGGAACUCUGUCUUUCUGCCACGUCUGCUUUGAACUCAGUAUUGAAGGUGUUUCUUCUGCCACCCUGUUGCACUCCAAAUCCCUGCGCGGACACAGAGACUGCUUUGAGAAAUGCCACCUCAUUGCCAACCAGAAGCUGUCACAUUCCAAGGUGUCCCGAAGUGCCUAUGAGGGAAUGAAGCUGGCUCUUGGCAAGAAGCUGAACCGCAUCAUCCAGUAUGCCCAGAACAAAGAACCCCCCUCCUCCAACGGCCCGGGGAGCAGACGGUCUGCCAGACUUCUGUGUUACAGCCAACAGGGCGACCACAAGCUGCUGCCACAGUCGGACACUCAGGUGCCCCGCUACACCCCCUGCUGGGACAAGACCAAAGUAGCGGAGCUGCCAGACUACACCAUGGGGAUGUUGGAGUGCCACACGGCAGAGGAGCUGGGGCUUCUGCGGGACUCCAGCGGCGGAGUGUGGUCCAGUGAUGAAAGGAAGAACAGAAGUCAAACAUCAGUGGGUCAGAAGCAGCACAGAGACAGGGGCCACAGCAGAGACCAGCUGACUAAAAUGAGUGUGGAUGAGCUUCACCAACUGAACACUGAGCUUCUGAGGCAGAUACAAAAAGUGUUUGAAGAGCUGACAGCGGUGGUGCAGGAGAAGGACGCACUGGCGUCAGAGCUUCACGUGCGUCACAUCGCCAUUGAACAGCUUUUCAAGAACUGCGCAAAGUUGCCCUGGCUACACAUCAGCCGGGCCGGAGUCAAGGCCAGCAGCAGCAGCAACGGCCCUGUGGAGUGACGUGGCUUUCUUCCACCUGUUUGUACUGAGAGAGUAUUUUUACACUGCCGUGGUUUAAUAGCUCUGCAUCAGAGCGAUCCGGUCUGGUGAGCCGUCCUCCCGGUCGUGGCGAGUGUUACAGGCGGUUAAUAAUUCAUGGUGUGAGCGUUACCUGGACAAGCCAAAUACAAGCACACACACUCACCUCUGUGGUCACAACCUCUGGCUGUUGACUCAUGAAUUGACACUCGUUUUUUUUUUGUCAUGUUUCAGUUUCUGACAACACAUUUCAAGUGUGCGCUGUGCAAGUGUGUCUUUUUCAGGUUUUUAAUCUUCAUCUGUUACCAGCUAAUGGGCGAGUAGAUGUUCAUCGCUCUGCUCAAGCUGCAUAUUUCUGUGUGGAGGUUUUUUAAAUCUUUAGAUUCAGUUGUUUUAUUCAGCCUUGUUUACUCCACAGAGAUGGAAAUGUGAUGUUUAAGCUAAUGUUUGCUUGUGACAUGAGCUUAGUUUAGUGAACGGAGAUGAACAGAGAUCAGUCUGCCAAACCAAAGUGUGCAUUUCCUGUUUUUUCCAUGGACCUGUGUUUGAUUCUAACGGGGUUUUGACUUACUGGGUCCCGUCAUCGGGUUCAAGAAUGACAACUGCUGUGUCCCCGAUUAGUUUAACAUGAUGUAACUCUAUGCAAGAAAGAGAAUGCAAAGCCUUAGUGGGUAGAAAUACUCUAGAAUAUUGGUGUGUUCAGGGGAGGCCGGAGAUCUGACAGAGUCUCUUGAGCUUCUGAAGCAUUACGGGCUAAGAAGUGUUCUAGUUUUCUCAGCGUGUAUCUUCUCUCUUUGUAAGAGAUUUCAAUAUUUUUCACCCAUUUUCAGGGUUUGAGUUUUAGUUUUCAGCGUAUGCUUGUGUUGGAGUGUUAAACCUGUGGUCUUUUGUUCACAUUCUCAGUUCAUCACAAAACUGUGUUAGAGUGUUUUUGGCCUGUGUGAAGUGGAAACAUGGCUUUACAGUUUUGCUCUGCUCAGACUCGUGUCUUUGACUGGAGUAUUCAUUUUGUUACGCUGAACGACGCUGCGUUUGUGUGGUGCUUUAUUUUCUAUUUAUUGUGUGUGACCUUAUGGACUUUAGGCUGCUUUUGUUUUUUACUUGUAGAAAUUUUCAAUAAAAAAAGUGUUUUUU